CUCCCUAUCCAGAGAAUUGCACCUUCGUGACCCCUCAGGCCCCAUUCCCCUUCCGGGCCUUAUGCCCCCCGUGUCCCCCUCCCCACCAUGGAGACAGAGCCAGGGACUGUGACAGUGAGCAAGGCUUUCCAGGAGCACCUGCGGCAGCUGUGUCUGCACGAAUUCCCGUGUGGUCUGGGCAGCUGGAACAGAACACGCUUUUCCCCUCAAAACUUGAAAUCCUGGAAAGGGGGAAUUCCCAAAAUGCCAGAAAAUGUGCCCCCUGAAGAGGAGACUGUAGAAUCCCUGCUGAGGCUGGUACAAAGCAAAAAGUCUCCUUGGGCUCAACACAAGGAUUCUACCAUGGAAGACCAAUAUCUGCGAGAGCUUGCCAUCCAGAACCCCCUUCUCAUUGGGGAUGCCUUCUUAUUCUCCUACUUCACGUCCCUCCGAGUAGUGAACAAGGGGGUCACCCUAAUUGAUGAAGACCUGCUGAAGUUCCUUAAGCUGGAAGAGCUGAUAUUAAGUGCCAACCACAUCAGGGAAGUGGAUCCCAUGAAUCUGCCGCCAACUCUCAAGGUUCUGGAGCUCUAUGGAAAUGAGAUGACCAGCAUCCAGUGUCUGUGCUCUCACCCCCCUCCGGCCCUCCAGCACUUGGGGGUGGGCCACAACAAACUUCUUGGCUUCCUGGAAAGCCAAUACAUCACAGCCAGUUACUGGCCUAACCUGGUCUCUCUGGACCUGGGCUACAAUGACCUCACUGAGCUGCACUACAUGAUCGCCGGCCUGUGUACCCUGCUACAGCUGAGGCUCUUGGUGCUGCAGGGUAAUCCCCUGGCUCUGGUGCCCCAUUACCGCGGCUACACCAUAGACUGCCUGCCCCAGCUGUACGUGCUGGAUGAUGUCACUGUCUCCCCCGAGGAGAGGCACCUGUUCCAGGGGCUCAGCUGCAAAUUAGGCAUGGCGGAAGAAGAAGCCCACUUAAUAGUGACUGUGAAGAAUGUCACAGGUAUUUUGGAUUCCUCUGUCUUGGACCCAGAACCAACGCUCGAAGGUCCUUAUAUUGUGUAUAGCUACUAUGUGACAUAUAAUUUUGUAGAGGAUGAAAAAGACAUUGGGAAAGAGAAGGAGGAUGCUAGUAAUAUGAAAGAGGUUAUGGAGCCCACCAAAAGCCCAUUACUAUCAACCAUGCUUUCCAGGGAGAGCAAUAAUGAGACAGAAACAGAUCCCCGGCUCAUGCCAGCCCCAGGGUCAGUUCUCUUUAGCACAAUACGAAAGCCUUGGACCAAUAUUAUCGAGUAUGAUUAUAAAAUGAAGCAUACUCUGAAGGACCUGGUGCCGCUGAAGGCCUUCCUGCUGCUGGGGACCUACGUGACUAUAGUGGAGGAAAAGAUUGUUUCUUGGCAAAUUCUUCCUACUCCAGUGGAGAGUCCCCCUCCUGUCAAGACAGGAAAAGGUGAGAAAGACAAAGACAAGAAGGAAAAAGACAAAAACAAGAAGGGAAAAGACAAAGACAAGAAGGAAAAAGACAAAGACAAGAAAAAGAGAGACACACCUAAGGAGUUUCGUCAGGAUCCUCCCAUCCUUCGAGUCUUGGGGAGUCAACUGCUCAGCCUGGAGCCCUUUCUCUCUGGGGAGACCCUGGUGGCCUCUCUGUGCAAUUUUGGGACAGUCCGUACAGCUGAAACAGACAAAUUGACCUAUAUAAGGGACCAAAAGGCAAAGACCAAGAAGAAGGGUGCAAAACGAAAGGUGAAGGACAAAGAUAAAAAGAAAGAGAGUAUGUUGUUUGAAGAACCCGAUUACCAGCCAGAUCCCCUGACGGUCGACGUUCAGAUCCAGCUAUGUCACUACAAGUCCCUUGCAGAAGCCCUGACCCCUCCCCCCUCCUGAACCUUGGCCCCAUUCUUUAAGCCUCUUGGACUUUGGUGGUAAAGAAGUUUGGUUAUAAAGGGCUACUUUUGUUGUGGCAACUGUUUCAAAUGCAUUCUUUCAAGAGACCUGCGGGCCGCACCAACCAGGACAAUCUCCUAUAAACCAGGCAUGUGUCAUGGGAACCUGGUGAGGGGAGGGGGUGGCAGAGCACCAGAGUUAUUGGGCACACCCCAUCCUGAGAGGGGAGAAAGGAGUCUAGUUGCCACCAAACCACUCCUGGCUAAGGAAGGCUCCUAGUUUGCCGAUUUUCCCUCUAUUAAGUGGAAUUAAGAAUUUAUUUAUUACUCUGCAUUUUGUUGUUUGACCCAAAGCAUUCAUUAUUUCUUCAGCUGUGCAGAUGCAUUUAAACACACACACAGAGUGUCUUGGGGACAUCAAGAAGUUUCCUGUUCAUAUCGUGCAUGGUUAAACCUUUUAUAUUCUUUGGAAGAGCAAAAAAAAACCACAUGAAGGUAACAGAUGAGAUAAAGAAAGGAAGCCAAAGUUGGUAUGUCAGUGAUGGUCCACAAGGCUGAAUUAGCACAGCACAGUGAUGGAGCUAUGAUUGGAAGAGUCU